UGCAGUUCAACAUGGCUCUGUAUUACGCCGUGUGCCAGCCUCUGACUUACAAAACAAAGAUAAACGGUCGGGUGGUUGGGAUCAUGAUCCUGGUAAUCUGGGUUUUGUCUGCUCUAUCUGGAUUUGGUCUUACAUUUGUGGGGCUUAAACACACUGUCUGCGAAGGCCGCUGCUUCAUAUUUCACAUUCCAAAUGGAAUUAUGGGCCCUAUUGUCUCGUUUUACCUGCCCGUGCUCGUCAUGCUCAGCAUUUACUUAAAAAUAUUAACCGUGGCGCUGAAACAAGCACAAAGCAUCCAAAGUACACAAACUGGACGAACACAGCGAGUGAGUAAGAUGGAAAGAAAAGCCACAAAAACCCUGGCUAUUGUGAUGGGAGUUUUUCUUUUCUGUUGGACCCCUUUCUUUCUCUCCAUAACUUUUAAUCCUCUCAGUGGCUAUUCAAUCCCACUACCCCUGAGUGAAAUGCUGCUUUGGCUUGGAUGGUCAAAUUCGAUUUUUAAUCCCUUUGUUUAUGGCUUCUUUUACUCGUGGUUCCGAGCGGCUUUCAGAAUCAUUAUUUCAGGCAAAGUAUUCACCGGCAAUUAUAGCAACUGUAAACUCCGUUGAGUUCACGUGUUUUCUUUGACUCUCAUGUACAGAAUGGUUGGCAAUGAAUGUGUGUUUGAAGGUGUUUUAGACACGAUAUUAAAUAUGGUCUUAUUGUUUAUCUCCCUAUGACUGAUGUUAUACAUUAUUAGGCCAUCUUUUGCUGUGCUACAUCUUGUUUUGUACAAAAUCAUAAUAAGAAUCACCUGCAGAUAUCACCUG